AUGGAAAGUAGCCGCCUAAUAAAAUGGAGGAAUGAAUAUAUCGAAAAAAUUUUACAAUACCGCAGUGAGUGUCGAGAAAUUUAUUAUCUGGACGAGACUUGGUUUGAUUCCCACGAAACGAUAGAUAAAGCCUGGACAAACGGUUUAAGCAAAUGCCAAAUAGAUGUACCCCAUUCUAAAGGCAAGCGAAUUUGCAUAUUACAUUGCGGAGGACAACAUGGAUGGGUGAACGAUGCGUUAUUGUUGAGUUCCAAAAGUAUUAAAGACAGUUCUCUAGACUACCACCAAGACAUCGAAGGGACGCUUUUUGAAUCGUGGUUUGAGAAUACCUUACUCCCAAAUUUAAAAGCAAAUAGCGUGAUUGUUAUGGACAAUGCAUCAUAUCACUCCAGAUGCAUUAAAAAAAUUCCAACCAAACAGAGUAGAAAGGAUGAAAUUCAAGAAUUUUUAAUAGCCGAAGACCUAUAUUUUGAGGAUCAUUACACCAAAGAUCAACUAAUUCAGGUUCUUCAUACAAAAGUCGUAACUAAAGAACAUAUUGUAGAUAAAUUAGCCACUAACAAUGGACAUACGGUUUUAAGAUUACCUCCAUAUUACUGUGUGUUGAAUCCCAUAGAAUUGCUAUGGGCUCAGUUAAAAAACCAUAUCCGGAGGAACAACACAUCUCCAAAAGAUGCCCAAAGUGUUGUCGAACUAAUAAAAACGGAGUUCAAAAAUAUCAGUGCUCAAAACUGGCAAAAUGCUAUAGAACAUGUAAAGAAGAUUGAAAAGGAUUACAUGAAAAAUGUCCCAGCCUUGAAGAAAAUUAUUAUUAAUUUGGAUGAGAGUGAUGAAGAGAACGAUAAUGACGAUGAGUUGGAAUAA